UGGCAUUUGAUUGCUUAAAGACCAAUAUGCUCUAAUCUGAUUGGCGGAGACUCAUUCGUACGUCACGUGACAACUAAAGUGCCAAUAAAAGAAGACCGGGCAAUUAUUGACGGUUAGUUUCUCAUUUGUCGUGGAAAAUCUGGUUAUUCGUGUCCGAACUUCGCCAUCGCCUUUCAACGCAGCAAGAUGCUCUGGAUUCCGAACUCUUCGUCGGAACUCUUCACCUGUACUGGGAGACGAGUCACUCCGGUGGUCAGGUUUCAUAAUCGCGUGUUAUCCAGGAAAACUAUCACACGUUAUCAUCAUCAAGUGACAAACCUGCAGUUUCAAGGUUUGCCUGACGCCAGCGUGUUAUGUCCAGAUGACAUUCUCCUUUAGCUCCUCGAUUGUUGCAGUCUAAAUGUGGUAACUGGAGCUGCUGGCUGACCUCUCUGCUGCUAUGGUUCAUGACAUAAGAAAAAUCAUAGCUGUAUUGUUCGACGUAAAAGCCUGAUGAAGUUGGAAUUAUAAACUUAACUGAAGCUGAAGUUAUGUUAUAUCUUAAUAUAUAUAUUUGUUGUUAAAUGUCGUGAUUAAUAUUUCCGAUGUGUUAGUGUUUGAGUCUUUUCAGAUCACUCAUUCAACUGUGCAGUGUCACAAGCGCAGUGGAGCGUAGGGCCUCUACCCUGGUUUGGUUUUCCAACACUGUAGAGUUGUAAACUUAUUUUCUAACCAGAAUCAAACAAGAACUUGGUUUCAAUGUUGUACCAAUAACUGCUCGUAGCUUGGAUCCUGCCAGUUUUGUCAACACUCAUGUUGAUGUGGCUAAACUAAAGCCACUGCUGACACCAAUGUGACUGAUCGGUCAAACAGGGUGAUGAAGUAGAACAAACGUCGUCCUAACCAUUACGUGAGGUACACACUACUCUACACACUCUGGCUUGUUCUCACUCACCUCAAGUGAACUCUGAGUGUCGGUGUGAUAUUUCCAUGAAGCACUUCCUCUUCGUCACAUGCAGGAACAUUGUCUUCCUCUUCUCCGUUCACCCGGCUCUUCCAUUUCCAUCCUUCCCUCCAUGAUGCUCACCGUCUCUUCUCUUCCUACAGGCCGCUGCAGCAGCAGGUUGCACUGUCCGUCCUCCCUCAGUCGACCCUCUGCAGAGAACUCGCUGCCAUUAAAUUCAGACGGUGGCGUCUCUGCGAGCUAGCGCUACAGCGACUUGGGCUGCCAAACAUUGGCAACAGCUGCUACAUGAACGUGGUCCUGCAAAGUCUGCUGUCGCUGGAGCCCUUCAUGCGGGAGGUGCAGAACCAGGCCUGGACCAAUGCCAUGAUCUUUGAUCAGACUUUCAUCAGUUGGUUCAUCAGGGUGGCAAAGUCGCGUCUUUACGGAGACUCGGCUGAAAAGCUGUCGGCUGUGUCGCAUUUCAAAAAUUCCAUCGGCGCCCUGAACUCUCACUUCUUUGAUGACCAUCAAAAGAGUGCCCAGAAAUGCCUCCUCACCAUCCUCAGCAGCUGGGAAGGCUUCUCGACCAACAUGAAGAUGGCUGCCAGUCGCCUCGGGAUGAACUACAAAUGUCCAGUGGGGACAAACAUUGCGUUUGAAGCCCUGCGCAGCAGCUCCUGCAAACGAUGUGGAUGGCAACGGAAGGUGAAGUCCCACGAGGUGUUUCUCUCGCUUCAGACUGCCGACUCAGUGAGUCAGGCUCUUGGAAAUGUCCUGAAUGAGAGGCCUGCAGACGUUCGAUGCAGGCGCUGUGGGAGUCACCUGACUGAUCGAUUGUCUUUCAGCACUCUCCCAAACGUGUUGAUCCUGAGCCUGUGCCGGGUCCGACGCACGGCCUCAAGACGGUUCAUCAAGGUUCCUACAGCCGUCCAUUUAUGCCAGGACCUGCAGGUGGCAACGCUGCACAAAGAACAGGCUCAAUACAAGCUGGUGACGAUUGUCAACCGCCUUGGUUCCACCAGUCAUGAAGGCCACUACAGCUGCGACACCAUGCUGAAGGACAAUACUCCUCGCUGGCUCACCUUCGAUGACGACAAAGUGGAGGUGCAACCUUCUUCUCUCCUGGCUGAAAGACGGCAGACUGCACUCCUUUUAUUUUACGUCAAGAGCUAAUGACUGAAUGACUAAUGAAAGCUCUGACAACACCGGUCCAUGUAUAUAUCUAAAUAGCCAAUAAAUACAGU